AUGCUAAAAAAACAAAUAAAGCCAAAGUAUGAAGAAAUCCAUCCUCAGAAUGAAAUCUUCAAGUCCAAAAAUGAAAUGAGAGAGUCUAUGCUAAAAUUAUGCUAUGGUGACUUGUAUAUACUGGGUCGAAUUUGGAUUGAAGCGUUAAAGGCUGUUCUGGUUGGUGCUAGAAUGAAUUUAAUACCCAAAGUAGAAGCAGCCGCCCCACCACCAGAACCAAAAUGCCCACCACCGAUGAAGUAUAAAGAUCUACCGCUCUACACGAGCCCACACUACGAUUACAAAGACCACGUAGCGGACAAGGAGAAGUGUUCAAAAGCUGGGACCCCACUCAUGCAGGAAUACCUCCUCCCAACAGUGAGAGCUUAUAGGAAAGACAUGCAGCAGGGUCUCUGCCAAAUCGGCUGUGGCUUCACCAACGCGUGGGUGCAACUAAAAAUGGAAAUGGCGGAUCACGAGAAGAACUUCAAGAAGUACAUGCGUGACCCAGAGAAACUUGUUAUGAGGCAAGGUAUCGUCUUCAUGGGUGUAGUGACUGGAUGUUUCUUGACCAGAAAACGUGGUAUACCGAGCCGUGUCUUCGGAAGUACCCUCGGUGGGUUGAUCGCUGGCUCCAUUACCUUUCCUGAUGAGAGUGACUUGGCGUUUAGAGAGAUACUGUUCAGAGGUGGUAAGGUGCUUAUAGCGAUGUAUAAUGCGUUCUGCAACGACGACUUUGCGUUGGAGGAGAGACUGUCGUGUAGAGAUGACUUACCAGCUGUACCGCCGCCAAGAAAACCUCAAUGUCCUUUAAAAAAGUGA